AUGAGUAAGAAACUAAAUGUGGAUGCGUCAUGGGACAAGAAGACUUUAUUCACAGGUCUUGGAGCGGUCAUUCGUGAUGAGCAUGGUGCUUUUAUUAGGGGAGCGGGAAAGUUUAGACUAGCCUCUUCUCCUAUUGAAGCUGAAGCUUUUGCAGCUUUACAUGGUCUGGAGGUCGCCUCAGAUUUGGGUUGUAUCCACCUUGAGUGUGAGUCUGAUUCAAAGGAGCUGGUUCAAAGUGUUAGUGGUUGUUUUCAAAAAGGUAAAUGGACAAUCUACCCAAUCCUUGCUGCUUUAAGGGAGAAGAGUAGACUGUUUGGCUCUUGCAACUGGAAGUGGAUUCCAAGGAUAGCAAACAGAGCAGCGGAUGCUGCAGCUUAUGAAGCGAAGAGGAAGAUGUGCGAUGAGGUCUGGAUCAGUAGACCCCCAUCCUCCCUGGUUUUCGUGCUCCAUAACGAUGGUCUUCCUUGUCCUCCACAAGUGUAA